AUGACUGAGACUUUUUGGUCGAUCAUAAUAACUUUAUAUCUCGUUGAAAAGAAUUAUGAUCUCUGUUUAGUGCUUCUUACGCUUUCUUUUUUUCUGUUCUACACUCCUGUGGAAUUCCAACGGCGAAAGGAUCUGGAAGCAGCCUACGAUAUUAUUCAAAGGAAUAUUCGUGCCUGGUUUGUGCUUCGAACAUGGGACUGGUUCAACUUGUUUGGCAAAUUAAGACCAAUGCUGAAAUCUGGUAAAAUGCAGGAGGAAAUUGAAGUGUUGAAGAAGAAAAUGAGUAAAUUUGAAGCAGACAUAAAUGCCCAAGAUGAUUAUCGUCGAGAUAUGGAAGCUCAGAUUGAGAAAGCCAAACAAGAGAAAGAACAACUUCUAAUUCAACUAGAAAAUGCAAAAACUGGUGCCGCUACAGUUGAAGAACGUUUAGAAAAAUUGGAAGGGACGAAGGAAACAUUGGAGAAAACUAUUACAGAAAUUAAUGACCGAAUUAGCGCACAAGAAGAAAAAACGGCAGAAGUGAUUCGGACGAAAAAGAAGGUGGAAAGUGAAUGUGCAAAUAUCAAAAAAAACGCGAAAGACCUUACUGAUACUUUGUUAAAAUCAGAAGCAGAAAAACGUGAGAAAGAAGAACAAAUUCGUGUUUUACAAGAAGAAUUAAAUCAACAAGAUGAAAUGAUAGCCAACCUUAACAAGGAAAAAAAACAACAGGAAGAAAUGAAUCGGAAGUUAACAGAAGAUAUGCAAGGCGAAGAGGAGAAAAAUGCCCAAGUUACACGACAUAAGGCUAAGCUAGAGCAUACCCUCGAUGAGUUAGAAGAAACCUUAGAACGGGAAAAGCGUGGUCGUAGUGAUAUAGAGAAAUCAAAAAGGAAGGUAGAAAGUGAACUUAAAGUCAUACAAGAAACAGCCGAUGAAGCAACUAAGCAGAAACAAGAGCUGGAGAGCAAUCUGAAAAAACGAGAAGCAGAUUUACAUGCUCUUGGAGUUCGGCUUGAAGAUGAGCAAAAUUUGUACGGUCGAGUCCAACGGCAGUUGAAAGAACACGGCGCAAGGGUUCAAGAGCUGGAAGAAGAACUGGAAGGAGAAAGACAAGCAAGAACGAAAUCUGACCGUGCUAAAUCUGAACUACAGAGAGAGUUGGAAGAAUUGAGUGAACGUUUGGAUGAACAAGGUGGAACUACGUCAGCGCAAAUGGAACUAAACAAAAAAAGAGAAGCUGAAAUAGCAAAACUUCGACGAGAUCUUGAGGAGGCAAACAUGAAUCAUGAGAACACUAUCGCCGGAUUGCGCAAGAAAAACAGCACUCAAGUCGCCGAACUUACUGACCAACUGGAAGAACAACAGAAAGCCAAAACAAAGGCAGAAAAAGACCGCCAAGCUAUUCAAAGGCAACUUGAAGAUGUACAGGCAACAUUAGAUUCCGAGAUAAAGCAAAAAACAGAGCAGGAAAGAAUUGCAAAAGUUUUAGAGAUUCAGGCAACAGAACUGCAAACGAAGACUGAGGAACAGCUACGACAACUACAGGAUUUCAAUUCGCUUAAAGGACGUAUGCAAGGAGAGAACAACGAAUUAGCGCGGCAAGUUGAAGAGUUGGAGAACCAGCUAGCUUCCAUGUUGCGUGUUAAGGCUCAGUAUGCCAGCCAACUGGAAGAGUUGAAACGAGCUGCCGGAGAAGAUACGCGGGAAAGGCAUUCGUUAAAUGCCACCGCUAAAAAUCUGCAGCAUGAAGCUAAUCAACUCCGUGACUCACUGGAGGAUGAGGCGGCUAGCAAAGCUGAUAUUCUAAAGCAGCUCAGCAGAGCGAAUGCAGAAAUUCAACAGUGGAAAGCCAAGUUUGAAGGCGAUUUGCUUGUUGGUGCAGACGAGCUUGAGGAGGUUAAACGCAAGCAACUUGCACGAAUUGCCGAGCUAGAAGAAGCGCUAGAUACUACUCAUGCAAAGAUUGGUGCAGUUGAGAAAGCUAAAGCAAGGCUAUCCGCUGAAGUGGAGGAGGCCCGUUCAGAAAGUGAAAGACAUCUGAGUCUAAUUGGACAGUUGGACAAAAAGCAGAAGUCUUUCGACAAGAUUAUUGACGAAUGGAAAAAGAAGGUUGAAGAUUUGAAUAGCGAAUUAGAGGCAGCUCAAAAAGACGCUCACAAUUCAUCAACAGAGGUAUUCAAACUUCGAUCUCUAAACGACAACCAGGCAGAAACGGUGGAGGCACUUCGACGUGAAAAUAAGGCCUUAGGUCAAGAAAUUAAAGAACUUCAAGACCAGCUCAGUGAAGGCGGGCGUUCGGUCCAUGAGAUGCAAAAGAUUGUUCGACGACUGGAUAUUGAAAAAGACGAACUUCAACACGCACUCGAUGAAGCGGAGGCGGCUCUGGAAACUGAAGAAAGCAAGGUUAUUCGGUCACAGUUGGAAGUGACACAAAUCCGUUCCGAAAUCGAAAAACGAAUUCAGGAAAAAGAGGAAGAAUUUGAAAACACGAGGAGAAAUCAUCAACGUGCUACUGACAGUUUACAGGCUACAUUGGAAGCUGAGUUGAAGAGCAAGGUUGAAUUGUUGCGUCACAAAAAGAAACUUGAACAGACUAUCAACGAUCUGGAAAUAGCUUUGGACCAGGCCAACAAGACCAACGUUGACACGCAAAAAACUAUCAAGCGAACCAUGGAACAAAUUAAAGAGUUACAAAUGCAAAUCGAGGAAGAGCAACGAAAUCGAGAAGAAUUUCGCGAGAACUAUUUAUCAGCUGAAAAACGACUGGCUAUUGUUCAGGCAGAAAAAGAAGAUAUCUUACUCAGUAUCCAGCAGUUGGAUCGAUCAAAGAGACAGGCUGAAGGUGAUUUGAUCGAAAUCAAAGAGCAGACAAACGAAGUUGCUUCAGAUAAUUCUAGUCUUAAUGCUGCAAAGAAGAAGCUUGAAGCAGAUAUUCAAAUUAUCCGGAGUGAUUUUGAUGAAGCAUUGAAUGGACUAAAAGCGUCUGAAGAGCGUUCAAAGAAAGCAAUUGCCGAUGCUACACGUCUAGCAGAAGAGCUUCGUCAGGAACAGGAACACGGUCAGCAUCUGGAUAGGCUUCGAAAAGGCCUUGAAAUAUCGCUAAAAGAGAUGCAAGCUAAGGUUGAUGAGGCAGAAAGCGCAAUUGUUAAAGGUGGACAAAAAGCUGUUCAAAAAAUGGAGCUACGAAUAAAGCAAAUGGAAGCUGAAUUAGAAACUGAAUCACGCCGUUAUCAAGAUGCCGUAAAAUCAUUGGGUAAACAAGAACGAAAAUGUCGUGAACUUCAGUUCCAAGUUGAUGAAGAUAACAAGAACUUCACAAGAAUUAACGAUCUCAUUGAAAAACUGCAAAACAAAAUUAAAGUUCAAAAGAAGCAGAUCGAUGAAGCGGAAGAGGUGGCCAAUAUGAAUUUGCAAAAAUAUCGACAAAUACAGUUGGCACUUGAAAAUGCUGAAGAACGAGCAGAAAUUGCCGAAAAUAGCUUGAUGAAAUUACGAACAAAAUCUAGGAAUGCUUCAGUAAUACCGAGAAAUUUGGCCAAUGAUACAUCUGCACAACCGGUGGCUCCAGCUCAAUAA